AGAAAAAAGGAGGUGAACAUCACUGAUUAUAUCAUGGCAUAAUGUUAGUCACCUCUAUGCUCUACAUAAAUGAUUACACUAAGUUGUCUAUGAUUCUACAACAUGGAUGGCUUAGAAGCUCAACGACCUCCAUCAGGCCGUUCUAGAGAUCGUGCAAGAGGUGUUGUGACUCAGAUAACCAAUGAGGAACAUUUAGUUAACCAAAAAAUGGAAAUGGCUAUCAAUUCAAUACAAAUGCUCAAUAAUACAGAAAUAUCAUUGAUUCUAAAGAAGCUGCAAGAGGAUGUUUUGARAAACUACUUUACAGCAAAAACCCCCUUACAGUGUCAAAGAUAUGGUGAUUACUUGGCUGACAUAGGUGCAGCAAUUCAACUAAAGAAACUUAUUGAAUAUUUAAAUAACAAAGGAAAGUAUACAAAGGAAUGGUGGGAUGGAGUGAAUAUCAUUCGAACCAUUUUAUGCAAUUAUUCAAACUGUAGCAUGAAAAUGGCAAAAGAGAUUGGGAAAAGUGGAAUACUGGAAAUGCUGGUCACGGAGAUGAAGAGUUUUGGUCUUACAGCACUAAAAGACCAGAAAUUGAAAAUUCUUCUUACAUAUGCAAUAGACAUAUUGCACAACUGCGCCAAAGCAACAGAGAAUCGUCAGGUAUUAUGUGAUAUCAAAGCAGCUCAGGCUUCAGAGCCUUUUCUUCAUGCAGAACAGUCAGAAGUGGUUAUGACGUGUCUAUUCACAAUUGCUUACAUUGUCGAUGAAAGCCAGACUCAUCUAUUACAAACAGACAUGAAGACGAUUGCUAAGUUAAUUGAGGUCCUAAAUGAUCGUAUUAGCGAUUCUGAAAUUCUAUCAGAAAGUGCAUCCUGGUCAGUGUUUGAAGUCAUAAAGGGUAUUGCUGUUAUAUCCAGACAUAAGGAGAAUGCCGAUAGUCUUAUUACAUUAGGUGCUAUCCCUCUGCUUAUGGAAGUAAUCAAUUACUACGAAUGUCAAUCAAUGGAAUCAGAGUGUGCCCUUAAUGCAUUAUGGGAACUCUCUAAGACAGACUCUUGUAGAACGAUGAUGCAGGGUUAUUCACAGUUGAUAGAAACUCUUGAAAGUCUGGGUGGCAGCUCAGACAAGUAUAUAGGCGCUGCAGCAAAAAGGGUGUUAUUGAGAAUUACGUAUGGCCCCACGCAAGGCCUUCAAAGGAAUUAUUGUGAAUAUCAACAAGCUUGUGCUGCAUUCCUGGUAGAACUGGAAGUUCCUGAUGAGUUAUUUGAACCUAAAUACAACAAAUGCUACUGCACAGAAUGUCACGCAUCACGCAACGAGGAACUUUAUGGAGUGCAAGGCGACCCUGCUAAACAGUACGCUAUACCAGAAGGAUGGAGUCGCUUUGGCCUCAAAGUUGCGCCUCAGGCGAUGGCACAUAAAGCUGACACCGACUGGCACGUCGCUUACCAUGGUACACAUCCAAAUAGGGUGAAACAAAUUCUCGAGUGUGGACAACUUCUGAUUCCAGGUGACACGGCUCGUGGAGGGACAAAACUUUCCGAAAUGGAUGGUCACUUCAAUGAUAAUUGGAAACCCGAAGGAUUUAAUACUAAACAGGUUUUCGUAUCACCAAGUAUAAGAUAUUCCGGAAUGGAUGUCUACGCUCUUCCUAACAGGUUCGAGGAUUCUCUAACCAAGAAGACAUACAAAGCCAAGGUUGUUUUUCAAUUGUGGAUCGAACCUGACAGCUACGAGGUUGGUCGACAGACCGUCGGUGCUGAAAACGAGAUUGACCCGAAAUUCAGCAAUCAGGAGAUAGAAUGGUCAACGGUUCAGCGAGGGGCCAUUCAUCUUUAUGGUCUUCUUAUACGUCUUGAAGAAUAGACCCCUUGCAUGCGACUUCAAAGCAGCUUAAUUUGGAGGACAAAACAAAAUAAUUUCAAUCUCAUGAGAAUUGUAAACCUAUUGUUGUCCUCCAAAUUGAGCUGUAUUCCGACGUGCUACAAGAGGUCUUUUAAUGCGUUGCGAGCAUUCCCAAGAGGGUCAAAAGACAGAAACAUGGCGGCCAUUUUGGUGCCGUUAACAAUGGAUGCUAAAAAAAUAUCUUAUUAAAUGGCUCCAACUCUCCCCGAAAGGCUGCGAUGACGUAACGUGCAAUCGGAAGAUAUGGAAGAUGUUUUGAUAGCUUAGUAUUAUCUGAACAACUCAAAAUAACAGAGAAACAUUCUUAGGACAUCAACAGGAAAGAAUAUAAUGGACCUAAUCCACCUAGGCAUAAUAUUUUCACAUUUCAUGAGAAAAUUUCUCUUGAGAAUAGUAUUAUUCAUUUGAGUUGUAUCAUAUACAUGUGUCUUCUGAAAUAGGAAAACACAGGAUUAGGCCUAUUCAAAAUAAGCUUUUUUAUGGCACAGAAGCUGUACAGAAUUGACAUUACUGAUCUUUGAGCAAAACACCCAUUACACAAACUUACAUCCAAUCAGAGGUUCAGAGGUUCAUCGGGCAGUGCACCUCUUAAUUUCAAUUUUUUAUACAUGAAUAAAUGUGUCUUUUUUGAUUAUCAAUCAUUCUCUUUUCUUUUUUCUCCUUUUGAGCGCUUUUUUUUUUUUGAUAGAAAAGUGGUCGAUAAUUUAAGCCAUGAAUAAAACACUGUGUGACUUGUA